AUGACUACAGGAAAAAAUCUAUCUUUAGUACCGAGAUCUCUAAUCAGGGCAUUAACGAUUUGCUUAUGUAGUUUCAUUUAUUCAUCAUCCAUCAUUUUAGCUACUACGACUACAACUGCCCAAAACAUACCGAGUGCCUUCUGGCCAUUUGAUAACAAUGCAUUGGAGUUGUACAACACUGGUAUCGACGGAACUGUCUCUGGUGGUCCAACGUAUACAACCAGUGUCCUUGGAUAUGGCGCUGCUAUCAGUCUUACUCGAUCUUCCAGUCAAUACGUUUACAUUACACCAACAAUAAUUCCAUUCAAUUCUCGUAGUUUCACAGUAGAAGCAUGGAUCUAUCCUAUCGGUUUUUCUGCUAGUAAUGACUAUGGAAUAAUGGGUCAAUGUCAAACAACUAGUACCAAUUUCUGCUUUCACGUUAUAGUUCGAAACAUCAACCUAUAUUUUGGGUUCUAUUCGAGUGACUUACAGGGUGGAACUACUCUCACAAUGAACAUUUGGCAACAUAUAGCUUGUGUCUAUGAUUUGACGACGGGGACACAACAAGUGUGGCUCAAUGGUAAUCUUGAUGGUUCACGUUCAGCGAGUGCCUACUCUGGUCUGUGGGGUAUAACAACGAUUGGAGCUACUUUUCAAUCAGGCAGUAUUACUUCUUUUAAUGGUUACAUUGACAAUGUAAGAUAUACUUCUAUAGCUAAAAAUUCGACUGAAAUUUUAAGGGAUGCCAAUCUCCAAGUUUAUUAUUCAUUCAAUGGUGGUUCGCUUACUGAUUAUGGUCCAAAUGGCAUUAAUGCAACUGCCUUUGGAGUUCUCGUCAGUACUACUGGUCGUGUUGAUCAAGCAAUACAGUUUAACUCGGGACCCUACAUUUCGUAUGCGUAUUAUCCAUUUUACUUUUUAGGCGUUAGUGGCUAUUCAUAUACGAUGGCCUUGUGGGCAAAACCGACAGGAAGUUACUCGGCACAAACACUUGUUUUCGUAACAGCAUCAAGUGGUUGGUGUGUUCACUUUGUAGUAACAACAUCAACUGGAGUUUUAACAGUUAACAGUUGGAUGGGUAGUGGUGUAGGCGCAGUCGGUCCUACGCUCACGUUAAACACUUGGACACAUAUUGGCUAUACUUAUAGCACAUCGAAUGGUGUUCUAUUGUAUAUCAAUGGUAACUUAUACUCGUCGAGUGGGUCUUUUACAUUUUCGGCUUCCGGUGCCCCGAUGCUCAUCAGAUUAGGAGGAGAUAGUGGUGGAACGAGUUGCUCGCCUGGCUAUGGAGGUGCAUUCACGGGUGCUUUGGAUGAAUUCUAUCUUUAUAAUCGUGAAUUAACAGCAGCUCAAAUUUAUGCAUUAGCGAAUCCUUAA